AUAAGAAGUAGCGAAAAAAAAGAUACCGGGCUGUCUCACCUAAAAUUCGCUGUGAAAUCUCGCGUACCAGGCACUUCCAUUUGCGAAAAGCACCCAAAGCCACUCGUGAAUUUCGGGAAAAUCAUCAAAAACGCCCCGCGGCACGACAACACGCGAAAAUUGUGAAUUAGAAAAAAAAAGUGGAGCAGCCAUAUUCGAGUCACACAAGAAAGCAAUUUUUUUGACAUUUUUCGGAGACGAUGCCGCAAAAUGGCAUUCAAAACUGAGGUUUGGUACAAGAAGCAUCUCGUCAAUUAUCACGGCGUCGAUUUGUCGAAUAUCGCGCAUUUUCUCGCCAACUUGCAGCAAAUUGACGCCGAAAAUUCCAACAACGAUGAUCCGAGCAACAUUCUAGAGAACUUGGAGUCGGCACUGUUGGAGGAUGCCCAAGCGGCGCAGCAUCAACAGGCGACGGCAGCAGUAACGGGAGCUCCGUCAGGCGUCAUGGAUCCGGGAAAUUUGCUGUCUCACGUCCCGCCGCCGCCGCCGUCGCAUUUGUCCCAUCAUCAUCAUUCGUCGCAUCCGCAUCCAGCAAUUCAGGCGAUGUCGAGUUAUCAGGCGAUGGAUGCGGGAAUGGGUUACGACAUGAAUUUGCCGUCGCAGCAACAGCAGCAGCAGCAGCAACCGAGAAUUAAUAACAACAACAACAACAAUUGCGAGGAUGAAGUAGGACAGUCGAGUCUGGAUGUGAGUCAAAGUGUUCAGCAAAUGAAGAAAUAUGGCAAAGAUAUGGAUUUGCUCACGAAAAAAGUGAAAAAGGACAAGGGCGAGAAGAAGCGGAAGGUGUCGGUGUCAUCGAAGAACAGCGAGGAAAGUGCUAAUGGGAAGAAAAAGAAGAAUAAGGUCGAACGAAUUUUCACCGAAAACCACGAAAUAAAAUUGGAACUUCCCGCAUUUUCCGCCGAUGACAGCAGUGAAGGUCCCGCUGCCCUCAAAAACCCUUUUCUGAUCGAAUAUUUGGCAAAAGAAAACCAAGAACAGCCCGGCAAAUUCGACCAACUUCUCGAACUCUCCAAAAGCAUCAAAGAAAACAAGGAACAACAAGACGACUCGACGCUCAUCGAAUUCCACGAAAGCCAGAUCGUGACACUAACCGAGAACGGCGAACAAAAAUACGGUUGCGCAAUUUGCGGCACGACAUUCCCGAAGCGUUUCAGCGUGGCGCCGCACAUUUUGCGCGUUCACGUCAAGAAAAAGGACAAAAUUUGCCAGUAUUGUCAGCGCGGAUUUACGGCAACGGGCGACUUGACGCGCCACAUUCGCACACAUACCGGCUUGAGGCCCUUCAAGUGCUCCUACGACGGUUGCAAGUUCGCCUUUAUCUCGUCGGGCGACUUGCACAAGCAUUUGCGUCGUCAUGCCACGGGCCCCGAAAAUAUCCCGAAGCCGAAUGUGUGCACGGUGUGCUCGAAAGCCUUCGAACGUGCGUUUGACUUGAAGCGACACAUGAUUCGGCACCAGAUGGAACGCGAUCCCGAGUUUGGAGGCUCGUUCAAGUGCGAAAUUUGCGAAAAACGCUUCGCACGCAAGGAUCAAUAUCGGAACCAUACAUAUCGGCAUCUCGGCUACAAGCCGUACAAAUGCCCGGAAUGCAAUAAGACAUUUAGUGAUGCCAGCAACUACAACAAACACGUCAAAAUCCACUCGAACGGCAACAAUCCGCUCGUGUGCGACAGUUGCGACAAGGAAUUCAAGAAUAAAGUUGCCAUCUCGAAGCAUGUCCUUACGUGCUUCAAGAAACACGGCAGCGCGCCGCAAAACAAAAAAUAGAAGCAAAAAUGGUUGAUAUUAAACAUUAAAUUAAAAAAAGCAAUAGCGAAUGAAGGGAAACCAAUGCGUGAUAGAAAAAAGUUUCAAAAACUUUUAGGAAUGUAAUUUUAAUUAAAAAAUUAUAUUUUUUUUACCAAAAUUCGACAGUGAUGAAAAAACGAGCCGCCAAUGAGCGGAAAAGGCACGAAAAAAUCAAAAAAAUUGGAAGACUUCAGUAUCUUAUGUUAAAUAAAGAAGAAAUAUGUUAAACUUAGUUCAUAAGAAAAGAUAUCCUAGUAAUUGAUAAGCAUUUAAGCACAUUUAUAAGAAAGAAGAAGAAGGUCGUUUCGAGAACGAUGAAAAAAAAAUGAAGUAGAAUCAAAAAAUUGAAGUAAAAAAAAAUAUUGGCAAAAAAUAUCCACUUUGUAUAAUAAAUCUACAUUAUAAAUUGCAGUUUUAAC